CUCUGCCUCGGUGAGGGAGGAGAGAGAGUGAGCAAUAGUGGACUCAUCGACAAUACCAAGUGCGCAUGGAGAGACAGAGGCGGUGGAAAGAGCCUUAACCUCGGACGCUACACUAAGUUAGUGCUGACUGAUAAUUUAGUCUUAUAAUGACAGGGGUAAAUUGGAACAGAGAAACAUAACUCUAACAGCCUGCCUUAUGAUAAACAAGAUUAAUUCAUUCAGUCAUUUUAUAAUUACGCAGUUUGUACGGGAAGAUCUGUUAAGGUGGACGCACUAAAAUUUGAAACCGUUAAAUUUUCACUGAUUUGAAAGGAGUUGAACGAAGAAGGACAACGAUGUUUGGAAUGCUAAAGAAUUCGCUUUUUGGGGCCACUGAAGAAACUGAGUACAAAUUAUUAAGCACCGAAACAAAGGACGGGGUCAGCUAUGAGGUGCGACGGUAUGACAAUGGAAAGUUUGCCACCAUAAGCUCAGAGGGACGGACGUUCGAUCAAGUGUCGGGUGAACUUGUGAGGAGGCUCCUCAUGUACAUCGGGGGGAGCAAUGAGCAAGGCGAAGCCAUGGGAAACACAAUGCCAAUCAUCUUAACAGUGUUCCCCCGGGAUGACGGUGCCAUGCUGCGACGUGUGGUUGUUGCUGUUCGUAUUCCCUCCCGCUAUCAAGUCUGUCCACCAGCACCAACCGACAGCACAAUCAAGAUUGAGGAUCGGUCAGGCAUGACCGUCUACUCACUGCAGUUUGGGGGCUUCGCAGGAGAGUCAGAGUAUCGCUCAGAAUAUUCCCGUUUGACACGCACCAUUGGCGAGACCGCCCCUUAUCAGCGCAAGCAGUACUUCUGUGUGAGCUAUGACCCGCCACUGAAGCCCUACGGGCGACGAAAUGAAGUCUGGCUCAUCCAGGACGAGCCCUGAGUUAUGGAUUGCUCGUGCAUCAUGGAGAAGGGCGGAGCUUGAAAUGUUUAAUACUUACUGAAAGGGUCAUGGGUUAUAUUGGAAAUGGGUGGGAUUAUUUGAUUCAACUUCAAGACGC